UAAACAACAUUAUAUAUCACACACAGCAUGCCAAUGCGACCACGUCUUAAUGAGCACUAAAACAUUAUCUUCUUAAAAUGGGCUCAUUCUUGUGUUUGCGUUCAGCCUAACUGACUCAGGCAAAGAGCGCGCGCAAGGGAACGAACAGCUAUCACCAGAAUUUCCCCUUUGGCAGUACCUGCUGAUUGGGUCCUAAAAGCAAGCUGGUUUUAACUUUUAAUAUUUGGCUCCUGUGUUCUGCCAUGACUAGUCGCAAAAUACUGUUUCUCUAACCUAUCACUAGUUUUAGGACAAGGUGAGACAUUUUGGUAAGCAGCGCAGAUUGUUUAGUUUUUUCUCUCAUUGAAAAACGAGUGUGCGCGUAUGAGCGCGCGUGUAUCUGGUGAAGAUGUUUAGCGAAACCUUUUUAAGGAUGAUAUACCUUGGAUGUUUCCUGUUUCUUUGUGGGCUUACGCAUGCCAUACCAAGUUACCCUAUCUGGUGGUCCCUAGCGGUGGGCCACCAGUACUCGUCCCUGGGCUCCCAGCCCAUCCUGUGCGGCUCCAUUCCUGGCCUGGUGCCCAAGCAGCUGCGAUUCUGCCGGAACUAUGUGGAGAUCAUGCCCAGUGUGGCAGAAGGUGUGAAGAUCGGCAUCCAGGAGUGCCAGCAUCAAUUCAGGGGCCGUCGUUGGAACUGCACCACCAUCAACGACAAGGCCAUCUUCGGACCAGUGCUGGACAAAGCCACGCGUGAGUCAGCAUUCGUUCAUGCCAUCGCAUCAGCUGGUGUGGCGUUCGCGGUGACACGGUCUUGUGCGGAGGGUUCGGCCACCAUCUGUGGUUGUGACACGCGCCACAAGGGUCCGCCCGGCGAGGGCUGGAAGUGGGGCGGCUGCAGCGAGGACGUGGAGUUCGGCAGUAUGGUGUCCCGGGAGUUUGCAGACGCCCGUGAGAACCGGCCUGAUGCGCGCUCCGCCAUGAACCGCCACAACAACGAGGCGGGACGAACAUCUCUGAAUGACAACAUGUUUCUGAAGUGUAAGUGCCACGGCCUGUCAGGCAGCUGUGAGGUGAAGACGUGCUGGUGGUCCCAGCCUGACUUCAGAGUGAUUGGAGACUACAUGAAGGACAAGUAUGACAGUGCUUCAGAGAUGGUGGUGGAGAAGCACAAGGAGUCCCGUGGCUGGGUGGAGACGUUGAGAAGCAAGUACAACUUCUUCAAACCACCCACGGAGCGAGACCUGGUCUACUAUGAGAGCUCGCCCAACUUCUGCGAACCCAACCCAGAAACAGGCUCGUUCGGGACACGCGAUCGCACCUGUAACUUGACGUCGCACGGCAUCGACGGCUGCGACUUGCUGUGCUGUGGCCGGGGACACAACACCCAGACGGAGAAACGGAAGGAGAAGUGCCACUGUAUCUUCCAUUGGUGCUGCUACGUCAGCUGCCAGGAGUGUGUUCGAGUCUACGAUGUUCACACCUGCAAAUAGAUAGGGCCUCUGGCACCACUCUUUCCGCACCUCACCCCAAUUUUUUUUUUUUAAGACUUCAACAUAUAAAAAGAAGCUACUGUACGAGUCGGGCUCAGAGAACUUGAGAGGCUUUGAUUUGACUUUGAUCAAGCGUUAACCGACUCAGCUAUAGUACAGUCAGCUAAUAGGCAAAAAAAUAUAGCCGCCUGUCAUGUGAUGCAGUGGAUUCAGCCUCUGUCUUAGAAUGCUGAGGUAGUUCUAGAACACAGAGGUGCACCCAUGGAGGCUCCAUUCAGACAAACAACAUGAUGAUGUUGAUGAUGUUGAUGAACACCAUCUCAUCGAUAGAGGCAAAAGAGGAGACCAUUACAGAGUGGGCUGAUUGUAGCCAAGGAGGGACUUCAAGUGAUUUCCAGAAAGGUGUUUCAAGGUAUUGGUUUCCUGACACAAGAAAAGAGAACUGUAGGUUUUAUACGGGCUAUAUAAACUGUGCUGUUAACAAGCACCAUAUUGGUGAAUUAUCUGUGUACUCUGUGUCGUCACCUUCAUGUAGAGCAGAACAGCACUGUCUAAACCUUUGGGACACCAUACAAUCUAUGAUGAACAUGUCAUAUUUUUCUUUUCCCACUAGAUAGGCCAGCAGCAAAGUAAAAAUUGGCUAUAUUGUAAAAAUGUAUGAAAACAAAAUGUAUAUUUUUUAUCUUAAUUCAAGGUUACGGUUAGGCAUAAGGUUAGCAGCAUGGUUAAAGUUUGGGUUAGGUUCAGAUUUAAAAUCAGAUUUGAGGAAGAUAAAUGGUAGAAAUUGGACUUUGCCGCUUGCCCAGAUAGUGACAACAAUAUUUUUCAAAAUAUUCUGUGGUACUCUCUGCUCGCCACCCUCAUGGUGUUAUUUUUUAAAUAAAAUGCGUAUGAGUUUAUAUAUCUACAAAAAACAACAUUUCUGAGCUAUGUUCUCAACUUUGUAUUACCAUAACCAGGUUUCCAUCCAACCUUUUUAUUUGCUUAAAGUUUAUGUCGGAUAUAAAAAUGUAAUGAAAGGCCUGAAGGAAACAGCACAUUUGCCGGUAAACUUUCCAAAUGUCGACAAAACAAAAUACUUUAGACAAUGUGCAAACUUUUUGUGUUGCUAAAAUUAAUGAUGCAAAGAAAUGGCAGUGGAAAUGCUUUUAUCUUGGAGACGACUUGUUGUGUGGUCCUCCCAAUACGACUUGGAAAAGAAUGCCAUUUAUUAGGCUUCAGAUUAAAAAAGUUCACAGGGGGUUGAAAGCGCACCGUGAUGAGCUUGAUGCUCCUUUCCAAUAAAUAUCAAGAUACUUAUUCUGGUGACAUGAUGAUCGAUGCUUGGCUACCGUUUGACAAAUAAAAAUAAUCUGCUAUUUUGUCCAUAAUAAUCUCAUCAUGUAGGCUAUACCCACAUUGUAUCUGUAGCUGUUGGCUAGAGCACACGUGCCAAUACCAGAGUAGGCACAUUCGCUAUAUAACGCAACAUUUUUUGUGACAAAACGAUCAGUAGAGUUGAAAAUGUGAUUGAAACCCAUUUAACUUGUAUGGGAAUUCAACCGCGAGAGUAUGUUUUAUGUGUACUACGUCAUCACGUACAGACUUUUAUCUGCAACAAGUCAAUUUGAUGGAAACACAUAUCUGGUGGGAAAAUUUGCAUAUUUUAUUUAUGCAUAUUUUAGAAUAUUCGCAUGAAAAUCUGUCAUCAAUUGGAUGGAAACCUAGCUAUUGAUACACUCAAGAGCACAUGUUCUACUCAACAUUUGUGAUAUUUAAGUGGUAACUAACUUUUCGACUGAGUGAAUGGGAUUUUUUAUGUUAAAUAUAGAUCUAGUGUUAACUUGUUACUAAUGUUGGGGUUAGAAUGCAAUUGUACCUAAGUGAUUGUUGUUUUUACAUUUCAUGUAUUCUCAAAUCCUCUGGCUUUUUUUAUCUGUGGUAUUAAUUGGGAUUAUUCUGAUCUCAAAAAGCCCAUGAGCACAAAUCAACCAAACAACAGGUUUGAAAUUAAGAAUAUUAAGAAAGCAUUGACGUUUAUCCCUAUACAUUGUAAUAUAAAUGUAUCAUCGGAACUUUGCUACAAGAGGUUUGGCCACAGUACGGUCGAUGAUAAAACAAAGUAUAGCCCAAAGACAAAUUACUUUCAGCUGGAGGAGCAUCAGGUGGUCAGUCUAAAGUGAGUUUGAAAGUUCAGCACUUGUGUCUAGUUGAAGAGUACGAAGCUUAUUCUCCUCGUUUUUAUCAGUGUUAGUAACGUUCACAGAAACACAGUGUGUAUAUCACCACGUGACCUGGUGCAGACAAACCCAUGCUAUUUAGUGUUUGAGAAUGAACGUUUGUGAAAGGGAAUUGCCCACUAGAAUAAUUCAGUUUUUUUGUUAUGCCCAUGAAUGCACGUAUGCUAUGUUAUCUGUAAGCUAUUACUUAUUGUAAUCUGAAAUGCUCCUCAGCGUAUACUUUGUAUGUCAUGAACAGCAAUCUGAUGGCAAGUGGUAACCCAGAUGCAGUUGCUGUAAAACAAUGACCAAAAACUGUGUAUCUGAUUCUGAUUCCUGGCUUAUUCUUUCUCCUCCAACCAUAGAAAUAGCAGCAUCACUGAAACUAUCAAGACUUUCCCCUUUGUAUGCUGCUAAUUAUUAACAUGUAUGUAUGUACAGUGCCUUCAGAAAGUAUUCAUAUUUCUUGACUUAUUCCACAUUUUGUUGUGUUACAGUUUGAAUUAUAAAUAUAUUUUUUUCUCACCCAUCUACACACAAUACCCAAUAAUGGCAAAGUGAAAAUAUAUGUUUUAAAUAUAGCAAAUGUAAUGAAAAUGAAAUACAGAAAUAUCUAAUUUCCAUAAGUAUUCACACCCCUGAGUCAAUACAUGUUAUAAUCACCUUUGGCAGUGAUUACAGCUGUGAGUCUUUCUGGGUAAGUCUCUAAGAGCUUUGCAUGCCUGGAUUGUACAAUAUUUGCCCAUAAUUUUUUUCAACAUUCUUCAAGCUCUGUCAAAUUGAAUGUUGAUCAUUGAAGAAGCUGAAGCUAGAAACAAAUAUUUUCGGGACUUGCCAUAGAAUUUCAAGCAGAUUUAAGUCAAAAUUGUAAAUUGGCCACUGAAGAACAUUCACUGUCUUCUUGGUAAGCAUCUCCAAUGUAGAUUUGGCCUUGUGCUUUAGGUUAUUGUCCUACUGAAAGGUGAAUUCAUCUCCCAGUGUCUGUUGGAAAGCAGACUGAAUCAAAGGCGAGUUCAACAUGGCUUCUGUUUGCAGGGAACAUGUUGCCAGAGUAACAAUUUCAGUUGAACGAUUUUAAUGAACAUUCAAAAAUGUUAUGGUGAAAUAUCAAACAGCUACUUUUUGUAAGGAUUACUGUGGCUUUUUAGCGACAAUAUUCAACCUAAAAACGACUUAGCUAUUCUUACUAAAUAUAGUAGAAAUUAUACAUGGCCUCUUCAUUAUUUCAGCGGCAUUUUAGACCCGAAACAGACACUUAUGUUUGCCGCACACUAUCUUCUCAGACUGUUAGCUAACGUUAGCGAAUGAUCGCGGCUAACACAAAACAAACGGAAUAUGUCAGCUAACGUUAGCCAACAUUUGCAAACUAUUUCCCUUGUUGAAUACACCACAGCCUUUCCUCUAGGAAAACCACUAUGCUUGAAAAUAUGCAGUGGUACUCAGUAAUGUGUUGUGUUGGAUUUGCCCCAAACAUAACACUUUGUAUUCAGUACAAAAAGUUAAAUGCUUUGCCUCAUUUCUUGCAGUAUUACUUUAGUGCCUUGUUGCAAACAGGAUGCAUGUUUUGGAAUAUUUUUAUUAUGUACAGGCUUCCUUCUUUUCACUCUGUCAAUUAGGUUAGUAUUGUGGAGUAACUACAAUGUUGUUGAUCAACGCUCAGUUUUCCACUAUCACAGCCAUUAAACUCUGUAACUGUUUUAAAGUCACCAUUGGCCUCAUGGUGAAAUCCCUGAGUGGUUUCUUUCCUCUCCAGCAACUGAGUUAGGAACGACGCCUGUAUCUUUGUAGUGACUGGGUGUGACUGGGUGUAUUGAUACACCAUCCAAAGUGUACUUAAUAACUUCACCAUGCUUCACCAAGGGGUUGGAUACUCAUUGGCUCUAGACAUUUCAGCUCUUCAUUUUGAAUGAAUUGGUAAAAAAAUAUAUAUAAUAUUCCACUUUGACUUUAUGUGGUAUUGUGUGUGACAAACAAAUCUCAAUUUAAUCCAUUUCAAAUUCAGGCUGUAACACAACAAAAUGUGGAAAAGAUCAAGCGGUGAGAAUACUUUCAUAAGGAACUGUAUGUUUAUGUAUGUUAUUAUUCUUUCUAUGAAAGAAAGUGUUUAGACUUAGUUUGAACAACAAUGUGAAGUUUUCUACUAAUUAGUUCAUUUUGCAUAUAGACAGCAUAGACAUGUAUGUACAUUAACCAAAUAGACAUAUUUUGAUAAGUAUUGUUUGCUAUUCUUUGUUUUGGUUGGGGAAUCAUGUAUUGACUGGUCCAACUGUUGAUUCACAAUUAUGUAGAGCAUUUGCUUAGAUGAACUACUCAUUGCUUGGACAAAUCUGACACCUGUUUCACAGGUCUACUGUACAUCAGUACACCUAUAUCAUGUGAGACCAAAUGCAAAAUAAUAUUCAUACCUUUUGCAGAACAAAAAUUACACUACUGAACCUUAAAUCAGAAGUUAUGAAGACCAUAAGGAGCAAAGAACUUCAGCAAUAGUGUUGCUGGUUCCAGAAGCUCCUGAGAAAUAGUAAAGGUUGAUGGUUAAUGAAAUAGUCAACUAUAUAUUUUCUGUCUCAGGCAUGUGUAGCUCUCACCAUGUCCAUCUUCCAUAGACUUAGACAUUCCUCAUACAUUGACCCUAUCACGGUUCACAUUAUAUGACUUUUUGACUAUGAUAAACUACUGAGCAACCAUUGUUGAUACCAGAUGUGCUUUUCUGCAUUUAUAUUUCAUUUAAUGUUUUGUCUGUCUGUCUGUCUGUCUGUCUGUCUGUCUGUCUGUCUGUCUGUCUGUCUGUCUGUCUGUCUGUCUGUCUGUCUGCCUGCCUGCCUGCCUGCCUGCCUGUCUGUCUGUCUGUUUGUCUGUCUGUCUGUCUGUCUGUCUGUCUGCCUGCCUGCCUGCCUGUCUGUCUGUCUGUCUGUCUGUCUGUCUGUCUGUCUGUGUAAAUUUGCAAAUUUGCAAUUUGCUGAUGUUAUAAACGUUUUCUUAUGGUCUUUAAAUCCAAAGUUUUGUACAAAUUAGUUUUUGUGUUUUUAUGGAUUUCUAAAGUCUGAUGUUUUUAUGAUUAUUUAUUUUACCGUAAGUGUAUAUAUUAGUAAGUAAGAGUAUAUAUUUGCAGAUAAAAUCCUUUUUCGAGACAGUGUUGUUACUUGUAGCACUGUAACAGUUUUACCUCAAUGUCUGUUUUAAAACUGAUUGUACACAGGAUACUGUUUGUUCUAUUGUCUGUACUAGAUUGAUAGAUGUUAACUUUAUAAUAACAUAA